ACGCACAAUUCCUCUCUCUCAAUUUCUUUUUAAACUUGUCUCUUUGAUUCUUGGUUUUCAUUUUCCUGCAAAAAUGUCAACCGAUCACUACGUUCUUCCCUUCAUUUUCUCCCCUCAUCCUCACUCAUUUCUCAGUUUUCUCUCUCUCUUUCUCUUUGUUUUCGUUUUCUCUUUCUUUUUAGCUCCAGGCGGCCUCGCUUGGGCUGUUUUCAAGUCCAGGGCCAGAACCCAGACCCGGUUUGCCAUUCCAGGACCUUCUGGUCUGCCUGUUCUCGGUUUGGUUUUGGCCUUCACUGGUUCUUUAACUCAUAGAGUUCUUGCCAAGACGGCUGACUCACUAAAGGCCAAAGCUUUAAUGGCUUUUUCCGUCGGCUUUACCCGUUUUGUUAUAGCGAGUAAACCUGACACGGCUAAAGAGAUUUUAAACAGCUCCGCUUUCGCUGAUCGGCCGGUUAAGGAGUCGGCGUAUGAGCUCCUGUUUCAUAGAGCAAUGGGGUUCGCUCCAUUUGGCGAGUACUGGAGAAAUCUGAGGAGAAUCUCGUCAACACAUUUGUUUAGCCCCAAAAGAAUAAGUUCUUUCGGAAAGUUCCGGGAACGAAUUGGGCUGAAAAUGGUUGAUGAGAUAAAAAGUAUAACGAAGAGAAAUCAUCAAGGCAUUGUUGAGGUGAGGAAAGUGUUGCAUUUCGGGUCACUAAACAAUGUGAUGAUGAGCGUGUUUGGAAAGAGUUAUGAGGUUGGUGACGAGAAGUCGUCAUCAUCAUCAAGCGGUGGUGAUGAACUCGAGAGUUUGGUGAGUGAAGGGUAUGAAUUGCUUGGAAUCUUCAACUGGAGUGACCAUUUCCCAGUAUUGAGUUGGUUGGAUUUGCAAGGAGUGAGAAAAAGAUGCAGGAAGUUGGUGGGGAGAGUGAAUAUUUUCGUUAGAGAGAUCAUAGAGGAACACAGGGUGGAAAAGUCUAAGAAAACCAGAGUUGGUGAUGAAGGUGACUUUGUUGAUGUAUUGCUUGAAUUGGAAGAAGAAAACAGGCUCACUGAUUCUGAUAUGAUUGCUGUUUUAUGGGAAAUGAUCUUUAGAGGAACAGACACAGUGGCAAUUCUCCUUGAAUGGAUUCUAGCAAGAAUGGUGCUGCACCCAGAUAUUCAAGCUAAAGCUCAAUCGGAAAUCAACAUGGUCGUUGGUAAAGCCCGGUCGGUGUCCGAUUCCGACCUCCCAAACCUCCCCUACCUCCAAGCCAUUGUAAAAGAAACCUUGAGAAUGCACCCACCAGGUCCCCUCCUCUCAUGGGCAAGGCUUGCCAUCCAUGACACCCAAAUAGGCCACCAGUUCGUCCCCGCCGGCACUACCGCCAUGGUGAACAUGUGGGCUAUAACACAUGAUGAGGGGGUGUGGCCUGAGGCCAAUGAGUUCAAGCCUGAGAGGUUUAUGCAUGAAGAUGUGGCCAUUAUGGGGUCUAAUCUCAAACUGGCUCCUUUCGGUUCAGGUAGAAGAGUGUGUCCCGGGAAGGCCCUGGGGUUAGCCACAGUUGAGCUUUGGCUUGCUCAGUUGCUUCAAAACUUCAAGUGGGUGCCUUCUGAGAGUGGUGUGGAUUUAUCUGAGUGCUUGAAGCUCUCUCUGGAGAUGAAGAACUCCUUGGUUUGCAAAGCUAUUCCUACGGUUUUCGCUUGAUGAAUGCAUGAAUGGUUGGGUUCAAGAACGGUGUGAAGUUCAGGAUUUUAUUAGUUAUACUAAAGUUUAAUCCUACAUAGGGCUGCAAAAUUAAUAAGUUUUAGCAUUAACAAAAUGGUGAAGAAAAUGUGGAUACAAAUCUUUACUCUACAUGUCAAGGUGAAGAAUUAUCAAGUUUACUGUUUUGAGUGGUCAACCUUUUGGUUUUGUUUGAAGAUUGAAGAAGGUGUUUUGAACGUGGAAGGCUUGCUUUUUGGUUUUGUUUUUCUUCUUGUAGAAAUGUAAAUUUUGUGUCAUGUCC